CAUUAGUUCUUAGAGGUGACGUGUCUGUCUGUUUUUCAUUGGGUGGACGGUCGCGUUUAGUCUUUUUCUUUCAGGUUUGAGUGAAUAGAGCUGGAUUCAAGUGACCAGGGAUCAAUAUGAUGCGAUUUAUAGCAGCUAUUUUGGCUCUUUGUCUGAGCCUUUGUGCAGCUGAGACUUGCACAGACCCCGUCAUUUCCCCGUCUUCAUACACGACGACAGAUGCGCUCAUCUCCUCUGAGACAGUGUUCAUUGUUGAGUUGAGUCUGGCGUGUGCAAACGGAGCACAGAGUGUUGCCCUGUAUGCAGAUGUCAAUGGCAAACAGUUUCCUGUGACCAGAGGCCAAGAUGUUGGUAAAUACCAGGUCUCGUGGAGUUUUCCUCACAAGCAGGCCAGCUCAGGCACAUACCAGGUUAAAUUCUUUGAUGAGGAGUCUUAUAGUACUCUAAGAAAGGCUCAGAGAAAUAACGAAGACGUUGAUGCCAUCAAGCCUUUGUUCACUGUCAAUGUGGAUCACAGGGGUGCAUGGAGUGGUCCCUGGGUGUCCACAGAGGUCUUGGCUGCACUGAUCGGCAUUGUGGUGUACUACGUGGCCUACAGCACCAAAAGUGCCAUCCAGGCUUAAAAUCACUAAUACCGUAGAGGAGAUGAGAAGUCUAUAUGUAUAUAUAUGUAUGUGUAUAUGUAACAAAAACUGUCAAGAAUUUAAAACUUACGUAUUUUACAUCUGUGCUAUUAAUUUGAAACCUCAGAAGAACAAAGACUGAGAUGAAUUAUGUGUAAUUUAUCAUCGUGGUCCAGUUCUGUAUUUUGAAAUGUCAAUGAAAUUAAUUGAAUAUGGGAAUAAAUGACUUUUUUGGAAA